AUGCUCGGGAGUGGAGUCUGCGUGAGAAAUGGGGAAGGGAAAAGUCCACGUCAAGAGUCCCUCUGGCUGUAUGUCUGCCCUCCAGAGAAAUUACACUCUCUGUGCGUCCUGUUUCUAUUCGCUGGCGGGUCUGCUCAAGACCGAAAACGAGGAGGGAUGGGGGCAGGGGUUGGGGAGAACCAGAGAACACCCGGUUCAGAGAACACCAAAUUCUUCCCCAUCUGA